AUGAGUAAGAUAGCGUUGGGGGACAUACCAGUUCUACAUCCUACGGAUGAUGAAUUCAGGGACCCCAUCGGGUUUUUGUCGCAGCCUGCUGUCCAAAGAAUGGGACAUAUAUAUGGAAUGAUCAAGCUUGUACCUCCUUCUUCAUUUCAACCGCCGAUGACGAUAAAUGAGAAUAAUUUUAGGUUUCAUGUUCGUUUGCAGACGUUGAGCGAGUUGGGUCUUUUAAACCGGUCUAGGCUAUUUUUUAUGAAGCAGUUGAACAACUUUUUAAGAGGACAUUCUCAAGGGGGAGGACGGCUAGCAGAUCCUUACUAUGUUGUUAAGCAAGAUAUUAAGAUUUAUUAUUAUGAUUUGUUUAUUGAGGUGUUGAAAUUUUACAAUAAACCGAUUGUAGAGGAGAAUGAAACAACUUGUCCUAGAAAGCGUAUCCGCGACGAUCCUGCAGAUAAACAGUCUGUACUCUUGAAAAUAGAACCAUUGGUAAAGGUUCUAGGUGAUGGAAAGCUUUGGAGGCAUCUUUGUAAAGUUUUCCAUGUUUCUAAUGAUGUACUUGUGUCGAUAUUCAAAUCCAGAAUUUCAAAGUACUAUCAGUUUUUGCAUAAACAAAGUUUAAGACACGAGGACUGUUCAUUUAUUAAAAGGUUAAUAUAUGAAGACGAGGAACCAAAGUCGCUUAUACAUGAUGAUUCCGAUAGCGAUUCUAACCCUGACUCUGAAUAUGAAUCUGAUUUAGAGGACGCCUGCGUCCUUUGCCAUAAAGAUAGUCCCUUGAGCAAGAUGAUAUUGUGCAAUAGCUGUAGGAAUCUUUUUCACAAAGAAUGUUUAAAUCCGAAUUUAACAUCUCCAAUAGAUAAUAACUGGGUUUGCAGUAACUGUAUAGUAGGAACAGGCUAUUAUGGAUUUAAGGAGGAGGAUCAUGAGUAUACUUUAAAGGAAUUUAGAAGUAAGUGUGUAGAAUUUGACAAAUUGUGUUUUCCUGAAGGCAAACCGGUGAAGGACAUUAAUUUCUUGGAGGGAAUAUUCUGGAGUUUAGUCAGUAAUAUUGAUAGCAAGAUGACUACUCGAUAUGGAGCGGAUAUUCAUAAUAAUGGGCCUGGAGAGGUGACGGCAUUUCCAACGUUGGACUGGAUACCAUCCAAUAUAAAGGAGGGUUCUAAAGAAUUCAAGGAUUACGUGGAGUAUGCUAACCAUCCAAUGAAUUUGUUGAAUUUGCCUAGAGCGGAUGGGUCUUUGUUACCUGUCUUUGGUAGAAUGAUAUCUGGUAUGACUGUGCCAUGGGUUUAUAUCGGCUCAACAUUUUCUACGUUUUGUUGGCAUUUAGAGGAUCAGUACACUUUAAGCGCUAAUUAUCAGCACGAAGGUGAUCCCAAAGUAUGGUAUAGCAUUCCCGAGCAUUCUUCUCGUGCCUUUCAUCGGAUGAUGAGGGAAAUAUCUCCAGACUUGUUCGAAAAGCAACCUGAUCUAAUGCAUCAAUUAGUUACUCUUGUUUCUCCUUAUGAAGAUAUAUUCCAAAAAGCUGGGAUUUCGUGCUAUAAAACUGUUCAACUCCCUGGUGAAUAUAUCGUAACAUAUCCAAAGUGCUAUCACGCUGGAUUUAAUACGGGUUACAAUUUCAAUGAGGCAGUUAACUUCACCUUGGAUCUAUGGGUACCUUAUGGGUUGCGUGCUAUUAAAGAUUAUAAACUUACAGGUAAGCGGUGUGUUUUUGAUAUGUGGGAAUUAAUGUUAAAUGUUUUGAUCCAAUACUUGGUGUCACCACGUAAAUUCCAGGAAGCACUAAUACGAAGAUGUCACUUAGAACUGCUGACUAUUUUUAAUUCAGAAAUGAAAAUCAUACAACAGCUACAAGGUGUUAUAAAACAUGAUAAUAUGGUGUUAGGGUUUGAAAGAAAUACUAUAGAUUACUCUGGGAAUGUGAUUUCUAUAAAGAAGGGAAGGGCCAGUGAGAAGUCUGGUUCUUUUAGUAAUGAUGAAGAGCAAGAUCUCUUUUGUUCUUUAUGCAAGACAAUCUGUCCAUUUGCUUUUGUUGUGCACUACCGUAUGCCGAACAGCCACAAGAGACGUAGGUUGCAAAAUAUGACACCCGCUCAAUGGAAUCAAUUAGAUGCCAAAAAGUCUCUAUCCAUUUUAUGUUUAGAGGAUUACUUAAAGUUAGUUGAGCAAGUUGAGAGUGACGAACGAACGAAACAAUUAAGUGAUAGCUCUGGGGAUGAUGAUAUGUUAGAUAUAUUUGAUAAUGACGAAUUGUACUACAUCAGGCAUCCUGAUGAUAUUAGAGAUCUUUUACAAAGAGCAGAGAAAAAGAUAGAUAGCUAUUUGUGA